AUGAACCGUAACAAGAAAUUUUUUGUAAAAGAAAAAAUCCAAAAAUUAAAAUCAGAACUCUCUGAUGAAAAAAAAGAUAAAAAACAUACCAAAAAGAAAGCAACACUUAAAAAAAUUAUAGCAAAUAUGACAAUGUCGAAUGAUAUGUCAUCUUUAUUCCCAGAUAUCAUUCGAUGCAUGGAAAUUCCUGUUCUUGAAAUAAAAAAAAUGUGUUUUUUAUUUUUAAUUAAUUAUUCAAAAUUAAGACCAAAUAUGGCAGUACAGGCUCUUCCUAUUUUAAUUAAAGAUCUUAAUGAUAGGAAUCCUUUGAUUCGUGCAUUAGCUUUAAGAACUAUGUCUUAUAUUAAUAUUAAAGAAUUUAAUGAUUCUAUUAUAAUACCAUUACGUCAAUUAUUAUCCGAUCCUGAUCCAUAUGUUCGAAAGACUGGAGCAAUAUGUGUUGGAAAACUUUAUCAUAUCAAUAGAAGAAUUAUCGAAGAAAACAAUUUUAUAGAUGAGCUAAAAAAAAAACUUCAUGAUACUAAUUCAAUUGUUGUAUCUAGUUCUUUAUUGUCAUUAAAUGAAAUUAUAGAAUAUUCAGAUUCUAUAGAAAUAGAUAUUUCAACAUCAUAUGCGAAUAAAUUAGCAAAUAUGCUUGAUGAAUGUGCCGAAUGGAACCAAACACAUAUCCUUAAUACUUUAAUGAAUUAUGUUCCUCAAGAAAGAAAUGAUGCAGAAAGCCUUGCAGAAAAAAUUACUCCUCGUUUACAACAUUCUAAUACAUGUAUUAUUUUGAUGUCAAUAAAAGUUAUACUAUAUUUAAUGAAUUACAUGCAUAAUGAAAAAACUAUUAAGGUUUUGUCUCAAAAAAUAUUUUCUUCUUUAGUUACUCUUCUAUCAAAAGAACCUGAAAUAGAAUACAUUGCACUUAAAAAUGCACAAAUAAUACUUCAAAAAAUACCAGAAACAGGAAGUAACAUAGAUGUUUUUUUUUGCAAAUAUAAUGAUCCAUUAUAUAUUAAACUAACAAAACUUGAAAUACUUGUAAAACUGGCAAAUAAAAAAAAUAUAUAUAAAAUUAUUAGAGAACUUAAGGAAUAUACUACUGAGAUAGAUAUAAGCUUUGUUAAAAAAUCUAUUCAAUCUAUUGGUAAUUUAGCACUUAAAUUUGAAAGUGUAACUAAAGAAUGUGUUGAAAUUUUAAUGAUUUUUAUCGAAGAAAAGAAACCUUAUAUGAUUCAAGAAUCCAUAUUGGCAAUAAAAGAUAUACUUCGAAAAUAUCCUAAUGAAUAUGAAUCAAUAGUUUUAACAUUAUGUAGUAAUUUAAAUAACUUAGAUGAUUCAAGAACAAAAGCAGCAAUGAUAUGGAUAAUAGGGCAAUAUUCAAGCAUAAUUGAAAAUGCAGAUAAACUUUUGAAUAAAUUCUUUUCUACAUUUACUGAUGAAUCUGAUCAAGUUCAGCUUGAACUUUUAACAGCUUCAGUAAAACUUUUUGUUCAAAAUUCAUCUAACAGUCAAAAUCUUGUUCUAUCUAUAAUAAAAAAAAUUAUCCAAGAUACAAAUAACCCAGAUCUUCGAGAUCGUGCUUGUAUAUAUUGGAGACUAUUGCUAGAAAAUAACACUGUUGCCAAAAAAAUAAUUAUGGGAGAUAAGCCAUCUAUUAAUUUUUCUUUUCAGAAUUUUAACCAAAGAACUCUUGAUGAACUAUGUCUUAAUUUAGGUUCUUUAUCUAAUAUUUACUACAAAACACCAUCACAACUAAUACCUGGCUCUAAAGUAAAAGAAAUACGAAAUAGUCGGGUUUUACGUAGCAGGCUUAACCUAAAUAAGUCUAUAAACCACUAA